AACUACAAUAUGGAGUCGGCGAAAAGACUUGGAAAGGCGCCAGCUAGUGCUAGCGGGACACCGAAGAAGCAGAAAAUGCAGGCGGACUCUGAAGUUGAAGACCAAGAUCCAGCUCCGAAAAGAUUGAGUUUGUUCGAUGUGAUCGAGAAAGAAGAUCGCAUCAUUAAAAAAAGGGCUAACAAGAACGACACAGAUACGGAUGUGCAGGAAGCUGAAGCUGAUGAGGACGAAGACGUGGAUGCUGACGUAGGCACAGAGAAAGACAUAAUGUUUGCUACUAGUGGUAGUAGUGAAGAGGGAAGAUAUAUAUCCAAGUUUGUCGAAAAAGAUCAUGCUUCUGACAGUGGCAUGGAUAGAACGGAAAAGACCAACGCAGGCACAAACUCCGUUAACACCUCUUCAUUGGCUAGCGCCUGGUAUGAUGAAGGAACAGAAUUGCCUGACGGCGUCGGAGACGUCUUCCAUUUCAAACAUUCCUCUCAGCCUAAGCUUCCGACUACUAAAACAAUUUCCAGUAUGUUUCAGAAGAAACAGCUGAAGAAAUUGACAGAACUACUCAACGACGUGAAGUCCCAGUACCCAGCUGGUUUUGAUGAGUAUAAGCAAGCAGCCAAAUUGCGAGAACAAAAAUCUCAGAAACUAAUAUCUUUCUUGCUGGAGGAAAAUAAGAGAUUAGAAUCUAAGGUGGUGACACUGAAAGAUAAAGUAGCAGUGACAAAAAAGGAAUACAAAGACUUAUCCAGAGAAUCCGCCCGUGAGCUCAGUCGCUGGAAGAGCAUUGCGCAUGGUGCAAAAGAACGUGAAGACGAGUUGGAGAGCGAAAUACUGACGUUUAAGUCUAAACUGGUGAAACACGAUGGAAGUGCUAAAGAGGUUGAGUCUCAUGAGACCAAGCUCAAUUUCUUGGAGCUACUGACAGGCGUUCAUUGCGUCGACAUGAAGGACGAAAAAAGUGUUUUAAAUUUCACAAUCCAGCAAACAGGGAAGGUGGGUUCUCUUUACUACCGCCUUAUAAUCGACAAAUCCUCACCUCAGGACGAGUCUCAAGACGUCAUUUACAAACCGCUCUGGGAGGAGCCACACGGAUAUGGUGCAGGGUGGAAGCAGAACCUUGCCCGAGUAAAGGAGGUUUUGCCGGAGUACCUCCAUAGUGAGCUCUCGUUCCCAUUGAACACUCUGCUGAUGUUCUACAACAAGAUCAGUGUCAGUUUGAACUAGUGGAGCUUCAAAUGCAGAAACUAUUAUGAUUAAUCUAAUGUGUACAGCUUCUCUAUAGAAUCUAUUUAUAUCACCAAGUUGAACGAACCAUCUUCGUUUUGGGUCAC